CAACUUUAUUUCAGUACAUACAGUGGCUAUGUAAGGUUUGUCAUUAACCAUCUACAUGGCCCAUCAAUGGAAAGAGAUCCCAAUCGCUGUUUGAAUUUCAGUGGUGGGCCAUUUUUAGCACAAUAGUGACACUACAAAUUAGCAGCAUAUUCAGCCAUUCCUUGUUGGAUUUGCUAGUGUGCUUUCAGUUCAACUUCAACUUUUGGACAGAUGGCCUCACAUCAUCUCCAAGCAUUCUUUGAUAUGAUGCAGAAUUCAUAGUUAACUCAAUGAAUGCAAGCUGUCCAGUCCCUGAGCCAGGGAAGCAACCCCAAACCAUAACAUUUCCACCACCGUGCUUCACAGUUAGUAUGAGGCGCUUCUUUUGAAAAGCUGUCUUUUUUCUGUGCCAAACAUGUCUGCUGUUACUGUGGCCAAUUGGCAAACUGCAUUGAAUGCUGCAAAGAAAGUGUAGUCUUGCAAAGGCUUUUUCCUGGGAUGCCUCCCAUGAAGGUCAAAUUUGUGCAAUCUCUUUCUGAUUGUAGAAGCAUGCACUUUGACACCAACAGUUGCAAGACUUACUAACAGAUGCUGUGAUUAAAUUUUGGGUUGUUGGAGCCUUCUCUUUGCAUCAGAUGGUCUGCAUUUGGGCUGAAUUUGCUGUGAAUGGCCAGUCCUGGACAAAUUGACAGUUGUCUGAAAUCUGCACUAUUUGUAGAUUAUUUUCCUUACAGUGGAACGGUGUAUUUCAAAUAAUUUGGAGAUUUUUUUUAGCCCUUGCCAGACUCGUAGGCAUCCACAACCUUUUUUUUUUUUUUCUUUUUCUUGAAGGCCUUACAGAACUUUAGAUCUUGGCAUGAUGGCACCACCCAUCUCAAUAGCAAAUGGAACACGGGAUGUGAGUGGUAUAAAUAAGACGGUUCCACCUGCACUCCCUAAACAGGUUCUAAUCACUGGCACCCAAUCUUGAACACCUGAUUCUAAUUUUAUGGAUGUGAAGGUGGAGUGAUAAAUGUAGGGGUGUACUUACUUUUUCCGUGUAACUGAACUGUUUUUAUGUUAAUUUAAAUUGUUAAUUUAAAUACUAUCACCUUUAUCAAUAGGCCACUGAUUCUUAAGAUAAGGGACAAAACAGGUUUUAGAAAUUAGUUUAUAUUUUUUAAUACUACAUUAAUUAGAAAUUGAUAUUUGUAGACAAAGGAAAAUGCUUUUUUCUAAAAAUUUACAUUUAUUCACUUCAUAACUUAAUUUGUCAUCUCCGUCAGCCACACUGAAAAGCAUGCGAUUUUAAUUUCAUCCAUCCAACAAGAAUGUAAAGUCCUCAAUUAUCUAUUAAUGAUGUUCACUAAAGGAGUUAAGUGAUAAAAUACAUUCUCUACAUUUUUUUCUUUUUUCACACUGUUAUGAAAAAUCCAAUUCCUAAAAUCCUUAAUUCUCUACCCUCCUUUUUAAUAUCAAACAUAUAUAAUCAAUGUUCUUAGGCAAACAAGACAUAUCAUGUAGUUCAGUUAGUGUUUUAAUUAUUAACACUAAAUUGAAACAAAGAAUAAAAUAUUUAUUUCAAAAUGAACAAAAACCUUCAUCUGAUGGUGAUGACAUAACUGACAGAGAUGGCAAAGGACCAACUGAGAAUCCUUCCAGUGCUUUUCUCUUUGUAGCAGUAUGUCUCAUUCUGGGUCUCUGGUGGCUCACUGGAAAAACAGAAGAAGCUGAAGAAGUUCAGUGUAAUAGUAAGCAUUAUUACGUGACAUCUUGUAGUGUCAACAGAAAUCUUCUCUAUUCAAUAGGAAUACAAGGGAUCUAUAGCCUGUUUAUCAAUCAUCUAGCUGAAUGGUUACUUUCGAACUUCUCCGAUACCUCUGCUCCCUAUAGUCCAGUUCAACGAUUUGAUUAGCUUUUUUGUCCCUUUUCUUCCAACUUUGUCGUUCCGUCUCUAGAAUCUCCCUCCUGCUUUCUGGGUCUCUGAUUAAUUUCUCUCUUCUCUUUCUUUUAUACUCCAAACAACAUUAGAAUAAUUCCCCAUAUUCAAAAAUAAUAUCAUUAUAUAAAGAGUUUUGUGAGCACUUGUCAACUCCGUCAGCUUGCGACGAGACGCACUCUGGGCCCGCCAUGGAGCUGAGGUGGGGUACUGUCGUGACGGACCGUCAGCCGGCGCACAAGGUAUUAAAAUCGCUCCUUCCCCGACUACCGUGCUGGCGCGGAAGAGACAGCCCCGCAUCAAGAACAAUAACAGCCCGGAAGCACGUAGUGGUAGGGCGGAGCCGCCGACACACCCCCGGCCAGGGAUUGGUGGACCGAUCGGGAAACAUCCACCAUCCAGCAAAUGAGGGGAGAGGACGAGUCAGAUCCAGACGAGGCCUCCGCUCUCUGACUAUACACGCGGCGUUGCUUGACGGCGCAGAAGAGCCCUCGUUCAUCCGGGAAGCCCGGCGCGACCCCGAAAGAAUCCUGCAACUACAGCCCGCACGCAAACACACGCGCACAUGUGUGUCUGUGCUCCACCCAUCAUGGGCUACUACCCUACACUGGUGGAGGAUGCGGGCAUGAGCACAGACCCACCCAUCUUAAAAAAAAAGGGGGGGGGAUUUUCCUUUGUUUUGGUUCCCCCCAUCCCACGUGAGGUCAGUGAGAAGCAUGGACCCCACGCUACGACGCCUUCUGGAGGUCAGCAUCCAGCAACAAACAGUCACACAGCAGCUCGCCCACAGCCUACAAGCCGCGACACAAGAACUAGUGGCCUUGAGAACAGCGACUCUCACCGCCGCUACGCCCCUCCCCGAUCCGAGCCACGAGAUCCGGCGCCUGCUUCCCCCUCUAACCCCCGAAGAGGACCUUGAGGCCUACUUCGAGACCUUUGAGUGCAUCACCCGCCGCGAAGACUGGGACCACGACGAAUGGCCAUGCAUCCUCGGCCCGCUGCUCUCGGGGGAGGCGCGCACAGCCUAUUACGCCCUCACCCCGGAGGAAGCAGCUGAUUAUGGGGAGAUGAAAAAGGGAAUACUCCGCAUGGUGUGGGCGGACUCCCCACCAAGCAGCGGCGGAGUUCCAUCGGUGGGCUUAUCGGCCGGGGGCCAGACCAUACGAGCAGCUGAACACCCUCAUCCACACAACCAAGAGGUGGCUUCAGCCGGACAUACACACCGCCACCGAGGUGGCAGAAAAGGUGGCCAUGGACCGGUUUUUAAGGGCUCUACCACCAACGGAACACCAGGUCGUGGGGGUACAUGUGCCAGGGAUGCCCCAGGAGCUCCUAGCCACCCUGGAGCGCGCAUUGGCCACCCUGGAACUCGGCCGGGAAGAACGGCGAACCCGUAG